GUUUAACUCACCUUUAUUGCAAUAAUGGCCUCGCCCAGGUUGCAAUAACAAACCCCGUAGCGUACACAUACACUCACGUACACCACUCAUUUCCCACUGGCGAGCACAUCGACAGGACGUGUGACAUCUCGCUGCGACUUCUCCUCAUAGAAAGCAGAACUUACACCGCUUUGGAGUCACCAUGAAGAUUACUGUGGCAGUUCUCGUUGUUCUAGCGGUGGCGCGGGCACAGGCAGCCUCAACGGUUGCAGCGACAACAGCUGCAGCUACAACAGCUGCCGCUACAACAGCUGCCGCUACAACAGCUGCAGCAGGUGUAGCUACAACAGCUGCAGGAGGUGGAGGUGGAGGUGUAGCUACAACAGCUGCAGGAGGUGGAGGUGGAGGUGUAGCUACAACAGCCGCAGGUGGAGGUGGAGGUACAACUGGCGCAUCUGGAACACAAGCUCCGUCGCCGGUGUCCUGUCUGUCCUGUAACGACUCGCACGCCUCCUGUGAGAACGCCACGGACACCUUCAACAUGACCAUGAUGUGCACCGGGGGAUGCUGGGUGUAUCGUGAAGAGAGUAACAACGUCCCCACCAUCUCCCGAGGCUGUGGCAGAAGUGACACGAACGACAACACCUGUGCCACCGAGCACAUGAGCGAACGCUGCAUGACUCUGUCCUCAGUCAGGGUUUGUCGUCGCUGUUGCAACACGGCGAACUGUAACCACGCAGACCUCGCACUGACUGGAACAGCGUCGGCCGCACACGUCAGCCUGGGCGUUCUCAUGACGUCACUCGUCAUGGCCCUGCUCGCAAAGAUGUCUGCCUAGCGCCAUGUGACGUCAUAUCAUCCGUGACGCCAUCACAUCGUCUCUGACGACGUUAUGUAUUCUAGAUGGUGUUGAUGUGUCUGAAUCUUAAAUAGUACAGCAAUGUAUAUUCACGGGAUGUGUCUGAAUUUUAAAUAGUACAGUAAUCUAUAUUGAGAGCUGCUCCAUCUAAGAAAGCUGAGAAGGGGCGGUCGAGAUUUUUGUGAAUACGGAAGUAUCUACCUUUCACAGCAUGCAUGAAACAAUGAAAACUUUAGUGUCCACAUACCCUAGUCAUAUAAACAAACCUGGCUGUAGUAUAAAGUGUUGAUAAAGAUAACUACUUGAAAGUCAGCUUGAAGUCAUUCUGUACAUAAUCAGGCCCAAUGACAGGCGAUGGAGUGACUUUGUACGCAUACGACGGAGAAGGCUCUAAAAUUACAUCUUUCCGCACUUUCAAGAGGGUUCAGUCUCACAACGGAUACUUUAUGAAAGUUUGUCAGCGCUAAAACAAACAUACGAAAACGCCAUUUCUCCUGAUGCAUAACGAAGUAUAUACAACGAUUAUACACAAUGACGUCACCUUGAAGGCUAAUACUUGUACAUGUAUAUAGAGUGGAUUGACGAGAUAAUUUUCCUUACUGUUUACAAUAAAGAAACAAAGAUGACGAA